GAUUCAAAUUCAGCACAAAUCAGUCUCCAGCUGAUAAAUCUCAUAUUUCAAUUGGAAUGUUUAGUGCUGCUUUAUUUUCUUUCUCAUCUACAAUGAAUUCCCUUGCGAAUGGAAGUUUAAGUUGCAGAGCUUUUCCUAAGCUCAAUGGCAGCUUUUGCAGCACGCAGAGGUGCAAUAUUAAACAGCCAUCUUCCGUUGGAGUAGACAAUUGGGUAUGUAGUAAGCAGGUAGGUGGUUCACAGUGGGGCAAGAUCGUUGCUUUCUCUGCGGAAGGGACUGUGACUAGUAUCCCUACUGAUUCUUAUAGGAUAUUGAAACGAGAAGUCCCUCCAGCCUUUUGGACGGAAGAGACGAUCAACUCUAUAAUAUCCUCUUAUGAUGACCAGAAUGCAGCUGAGAUAGAGGAACGAAUAGAGACCUUGAUAGUGGAGAUAAAGGCCAUAUUUAAGUCAAUGGGUGACGGUGAAACAAAUCCUUCUGCCUAUGAUACAGCCUGGGUAGCCAGGGUGCCUGCUAUUGAUGGCUCCAACAGCCCUCAGUUUCCUCAGGUGAUUCAAUGGAUUCUGAAAAACCAGUUGAGCGACGGUUCUUGGGGUGAAGAAUUGUACUUCUUGACAUAUGACCGUGUUCUGUGCACUCUAGCGUGUGUUAUUACCCUCACUCUCUGGCAAACAGGGGAUGCCCAAGUGAAGAAAGGCAUUGAAUUUAUAAAGAAACAUGCUGAGCGAUUGGAGGGAGAAGCGGACAAUCAUCGAACAAGUGGAUUUGAGAUAGUUUUCAUUUCAAUGCUAAACGAAGCUAAAACUUUAGGAUUGGAUCUCCCUUAUGAACUCCCUUUCUUUAAGUCGAUUAAUGAGAAGCGGGAGGCUAAGCUUAAAAAGAUCCCGCUGGAUAUCGUCUAUGCCAUUCCAACAACAAUACUAUACUCGUUGGAGGGGUUGCAGGAAAUAAUAGAUUGGGAUAAAAUAAUGAAGCUUCAGUCCAAGAAUGGAUCCUUCAUGGGCUCCCCUGCAUCCACGGCUGCCGUGUUCAUGCGCACUGGAGACCAAAAAUGUUUAGACUUUUUGGCCUUUGUUCUCAACAAGUUUGGUGACCACGCUCCUUGCAACUAUCCGUUCGAUCUGUUCCAACGUUUAUGGGCCGUGGACACUCUUGAACGACUGGGCAUCGAUCGCCAUUUCAAAAAGGAGAUCAAAGAAACACUGGAUUAUGUUUACACGUAUUGGGAUGAUAGAGGCAUCGGGUGGGCCAGAGACAAUGCUGUGGGUGACAUUGAUGACACAGCCAUGGCCCUCCGAAUCCUUAGGCUCCAUGGAUACAAAGUAUCUUCAGAUGCCUUGAAAACAUUCCAAGACAAAAAUGGAGAGUUCUUUUGCUUCAUGGGCGAGACACAGAGGGGAGUUACAGAUAUGCUAAAUGUGCAUCGCUGCUCUCAAGUUGCAUUUCCAGGAGAAACGAUAAUGGAAGAAGCAAAGCUCUGUACAAAAAGAUAUUUAACAAAUGCUCUGAAAAGUGCAGGGACUUUUGACAAGUGGGCUCUCAAAAAGGACGUUCGGGGAGAGGUUGAAUACGUGCUCAAGUAUCCAUGGCACAGAAGUCUGGCAAGGCUGGAGGCAAGAAGCUACAUAGAUCAAUAUGGACCAAAUGAUGUCUGGCUUGGAAAGUCUAUCUACUUGUUGCCAUGCGUCAGCAACCCUAAGUAUUCAGAAUUGGCCAAACUUGACUUUAAUAGGGUACAGUAUAUACAACGACAGGAAAUCCUCGAACUCCGAAGGUGGUGGAAAUCUUGUGGUUUGGCAAAGGUGGGUUUUAUUCCCGAUCGGUUGGUAGAAAUAUAUUUUGCAGUGGCGGCAAGCAUGUUUGAGCCAGAAUUCGCUAUGUGUAGAGUAGUUUACACAAAAGCUUCCAUCAUUGUGUUCAUUCUUAAGUAUUGUUUUGAAGCAUACGUAGCAUUAGCUCAUGACGUCGCACUAUUUUCAAAGGCAAUUUCCAGGUGGGAUCUCUCUCUAGUAGAUGUCAUGCCUCAAGAAAUGAAAAUUUGUUUCUUAAGUAUGUAUAAUACAAUAAAUGAAAUCACACAAGAAGGAAGUAAGAGACAAGGACAUGAUGUAUUUCCCCAUAUUAGAAAUUUGAUGGAGGCGCAAGUAGCAUCCCUCAAUAUAAAAGCAAAAUGGGUGCAAGAGAAAUAUGUACCUUCACUAGAUGAAUAUAUAGAUAAUUCUAAAAUCUCUAUGGGAUUAGGCACAAUAGUUUUGGCCUCCAUGCUUUUCACAGGAGAUUUCCUUUCAAGUAAGGUGUUCUCAAAAAUUUGUCAUGGAUCCAAAUUUCUUCAUCUCGUAACUCUCACAGGACGCUUAAUCUAUGAUAGCAAAACUUAUGAGGAGAAGAAAAUUCAAGGCAAGGUUUCAGCUAUACAUUGUUUCAUUAAAGAUCAUCCAAGAAAGUCAAAAGAAGAAGCCUUGAACCAUAUUGAUAUUGUCAUGCAAAAUGCACUGCUAGAACUUAAUUGGGAAUUGGUAAACAACAAUGACAUGCCAAAGAGUUGUAGAAAGUUGGUUUUUAACACAACACGAGCAAUGCAAUUGUUUUUCAUGGAGAAGGAUGGGUUUACUCUAUCUCAGCUUGAAAUGCAAGAGAAUAUCAAUAAAUGCCUUCUCCAACCAGUUUUAUAGAUGGAUGAGACUACAUUACAUAUGCUUUAAUUGGGGAUAUCACAUUAUUCCCCUAGGUUUGUUAGUUUAUCAUAAAAUACAUACUUGUUAGUGAGUGUUUUUUUGUAUUAUGAGUUGUCAAAACAACUUAUCUAUA